AUGCUAGAAACCUCAGGAAUUCCGUGCCUGCAGUUGACUCGGCUUUUGCCGGCCGGACUCAGUUCGGAAACGGCCCCCGAAGGCCAACCAUCAUUCUCUCACCUUCUCCAUGUCCCAUUCGACGGUUUCCCCCAGAGUUGCUUCAGAAAAUAUUGCGGCCGCACUUGCUAUGUUGGUUUUAAUUUUUGCUCUGCAGCCAACCAAGAAGAGACCAAGACUUCACAGCGCGAGAAACCCAUCUUUGCAUACUCAAAGAAGAUCUUGUGUCAACUGAAUGCGACGCGCGAGGGCGGUGUCGGUAUUACCGCAGAACGUAGUUGUGUGCAUGUUCGCGGAUACUGGGGGCUCUUGCAGUGUAGGGCACGACAGGAUCGUGCACAAGGACUCCAUUUCACUUCAUCGGCUCCCUUGCUAGACCUCUUUACUCUGGAAGGCGCAGGCUCGAGACGCCAAUUCGAACUCCACUCUGCACCAUCUGACGCGCUAGAAACCGCCAUUAACCACCAUUUUGUCUCCGCCUCUGGACUGCGCUACAGGAGGGUCAAGGACGUACGGAGUAAUUCUGUUGUCAGUAUCGGGGCGGAGACGGAGCACUCGUGUUUGGUAUCCAUCGAUUUAUAUUUCCCUGCCGCUCUGAGCCGCCAAACCACGAACAGUCGCCAAAGCGGGAAAACGAGGCCAUUAAUUCGCAAGAAAGAAGGGAGUAUUACGUCCGAAUCUGCCCCGGUUUUCUCAUCUGACACACGUCAUGACCACUACGGUGCAUACUUCAUACGAAAAUGGUAUUCAUCUGUGAAUUGUGGUCUGCGUUCCCUGCGAGCCUCCGAUAUCACCUUGCGCUAUACCGUACACGUCAACCCUCCGUCUAGAGCCAACCUCCCAUUCCUCGUCUACCGAUAUCUUGUCUCUAAGAAAACGUACAUAGAGCGGACAUCGCUAACGUAUUGUCCGACCUCGUUCACGAGUUCCUCCAUCAGACGAUAG